AUGGAGAAAAGGUCGGGCGGCCGCAGGUCGGGCAGGCGGAGAAGGUCGCAGAAAUCCACCGACUCCCCCGGGGCGGACACGCCGCUGCCCGAGAGCGCGGGCGACGACGACGCGGUGUUCGACUACGAGGUGGCGCCAAACGCGGCCACGGAGAACGGCUCUGCGGAAAAGAAAGUGAAAUCUCCGAGGGCGGCCCCCGACGGGGGCGUUGCCUCCGCUGCGGGCGCGGAGUCCAAGUCCAGCCCCGGUUCCAGGGGGCCGCUCCGCGGGGAGUCCGACCGGGGCAAACAGCCGCCGCCGUCCUCGUCCCCCACCAAGAGGAGGGGCAAGAGCCGCGUCCCCGAGGCCGCGCCCACCUCGCCUGCCGGCGGCCCUCGGGCUCCCGCCAAGGAGUUCCCCCCAAAGAGGGCGCCAGCGCCCGAUCCCGUCGCCAAGGGCACCGCGGGGGACAACGGGGAGGAGGCGGCCCGGGUCGUCCCCCGCGAGCUCACCGUCAAGAGCAGCUCGCUGCUGCCAGAGAUCAAGCCCGAGCACAAGAGGGGCCUGUUCCCCAACCACUUCGACAGCCGGGGAGAAGGUAGUCGAAGCAAAGAGCUGGGCAGAUCGACCGGUGGCUCCGACUUGGACGGCUUGAAGCCCAGGCACCAUUUCGGUGCGGGCAGGUCGACAGUGACCACUAAAGUGACCCUCCCGGCCAAGCCCAAACAUGUGGAACUAAAUCUUAAAACUCCUAAGAAUCCUGACGGUUUGGGAAAUGAGCAUAAUCCAUUUAGCCAGCCAGUUCAUAAAGGAAACACUGCCAACAAAAUCUCCUUAUUUGAAAACAAACGGGCCAACAGUAGCCCAAGAUAUGCUGACAUUCGAGGCACAAGGAACACUCCUACCUGUAAUAAAACCUUUGUCGGGAGGGCGAAGCUGAAUUUAGCCAAAAAAGCCAAAGAGAUGGAGCAAUCUGAAAAGAAAGUAAUGCCAAAUAGUCACCAGAAUGGUAUGCUGGUGAAGGAAACCUCGCCAGAAUCCAAAGUUAUGGAGGAGGAGAUCCCACCAGCAGCCGGGAGCCCCAGUGCAGGAGGGAUGGAGGCUGAGCCUACCGAGGGUCCAGCUCUUGGUUCUCUGCUUAACCAGGGUGAUAGAGCAGAAAUGCAAACAGAUGCUGGCUGCCCUUCCGAAGCAGUGGUUACUGCUCUGAUUCCUGUGAAGGACCACAAGCCCUUAGGAGAGGAUGACUCAAAGGCUGCAGACAGCAAAAGACUUGCACUCGAAAAUAUGACUGAUCCAGCACAGGACGUUCCCGCCAUUCUUGAUACCAAAGAUUCCCCUCCAACAGCCGGACCAAAGCCACAGGAUACAUUUUCUGACUCACAGCCCCCAUCUGAGUCACCCAACGGGCCUUCUCUCUCACAGCCCACACCCAAAGACACACAUGUUCAAGCUCCCAGAAGCAAUGUUCCAUGCACUGAUCUAGAAGUGUCAGAAAAUCAUCAUGAAUGUGUUCUGCCUGUGUCACAUAAAAAUGAGGAGAAAGGACCACCCUCCAAACCCACAGGAGGAGGAGAAGGAGGAGCAGCGAGCCCUCCUCCUCUGUCCACAGAGCACAGCCCAGAAGUUGUGGGAAUGGAGCGUCCAUCCAAGGUCCUGGUCCAGGUCCGGUCCUUCAUGCUCCCUGUGGAGAGCACCCAAGAUGUGGGCUCCCAGGUCAUUUCUGAGAGCUCUGAAGUUAGAGAAGCACCGUUGCCAAGCUGUCACAACCAUGACCUUGAAGUGGUUUCUGUUGCAAGCUGUGCUCCCCAGAAAGAGGAAGGGCUGGGCAAUGAGAGCCCCUCAUCCAAGCACAUUCAUUGCGAAGAGGAACAUGCAGCAAAAUCUGACCCACAAGUCAUGCCACCAGAAUCUGAGAAAGCUUUGCCUAUACAGGCUCAAAGUCAGGGCGAUAGAAAACCCCUGAAGGCUGACCCUGGCAGCAGAGAUCAUUUAGAAACUCCUCAAAGUCCAGACGAAAAUGUUGUGAAUGGGCAGGCCAGCCCCGCCAGUCUUUUGAACAUCUCUGCAGGUAGUGAUGACAGUGUAUUUGAUUCUUCUUCAGAUAUGGAAAAAUUCACCGAAAUUAUCAAAAAGAUGGACAGCACCAUCUGUGUGCCUCAGAAGAAAAAGAAGGCCAGGGUGCCCAACUCACCUGCCCCUCCUUUUGUCAUGCCUCCGAUUCAUGAGGACAAUUUAGAAAAGGUGUUAGAUCCCAAUGUGUUUACCUUUGGUUUGGGGAAGAAGAAGGAAAGCCAGCCAGAAAUGUCACCAGCUUUACAUCUGAUGCAGAACCUUUACACAAAAUCCAACCUGAGGCCCAAACGCACAUCCACCGAGCAGAGUAUCCUGUUCAAGUCCUUGUACACUCACACUAAUGGGAAAGACGAACCUUCGACGGUUGCGGAGACAAAUGACAAAGAGAACAAAGAUGUACCCAAUGGCGGAGUCAAGAGAUCCAGGCUAGAAAAAAGUGCACUCUUUUCCAGCAUGCUGCCUUCUUUACCGCAAGACAAAAUCUUUUCUCCCUCUGUGACAUCAGUCAGUACCAUGACCACAUCUUUCAGCACUCCUCAGAACACUUCUCUUUCUCGGGCUUCGGCAUUACCGCCCAGGGCUGAGAGUGCCCCGCCCUGCGGUGCAGACAAAGAGCAGCCAAACCUUCCACCGAGCAACGUAAAGGUCUUCAACUUCGACUCAACAAAUGCGUCUCCUUUGGGUUUGAAAAGUGCAAGCUACAUGGAGAAAUACCUGCCCAAAGAGGAAACCAAAGAAGACCUGGAUUCACGAAGCAACCUACACUUGCCAGAAACGAAAUUUUCUGAAUUUUCUAAACUGAAGAACGGUGAUGAUCUGGAAAAGGCUAAUCGUGUUGAGAGUGUUCUUAAGCCGAACUUGCUGAACUAUGGAAAUAGCGACACGGACUUCAUGGGUCUUUUCAAAUCCAGCCGGUUUGACCCAAACAUGUCUUUUUCUGCAAUGUCAUUAUCAGAUACAACCACACUUAGAGGAAGUCUUACAAAUAAAAUCAAUCCCCGACCUGGAAAGGUAGUGAUCUACAGGGACUCGGAUGUCUCUGAUGAGUGCAUUGAAGUUUUCAGUGACAUUGAGGAUUGCAGCUCUUGGAGCCUCUCUCCGGUGGUAAUCGUCAAGGUCGUCAGAGGAUGUUGGAUUUUCUAUGAGAAACCAAAUUUUGAAGGACACUCCAUCCCCUUAGAAGAAGGAGAAUUGGAACUCUCUGGUCUCUGGGGUAUAGAAGAUGUUUUGGAAAGAAGUGAGGAGGCAGAGUCUGCUAAGCCCAUGGUGAUUGGUUCAAUCAGACAUGUGGUCCAGGAUUACAGAGUUAGUCAGAUUGACUUAUAUACUGAACCGGAAGGGUUAGGACUCCUAAAUUCUUACUUUGAUGACACUGAAGAGAUGCAGGGGUUUGGUAUAAUGCAGAAGACUUGUUCCAUUAAAGUACAUUGGGGCACGUGGCUGAUUUAUGAAGAACCUGGAUUUCAGGGUGUUCCUUUUGUCCUGGAACCUGGUGAAUACCCCGACUUGUCCUUCUGGGAUACAAAAGAAGCGUACAUUGGAUCCAUGAGGCCUCUGAAAAUGGGUGGACGUAAAGUUGAAUUCCCUACAGAUCCAAAGGUAGUUAUUUAUGAAAAGCCUUUCUUUGAAGGAAAAUGUAUGGAACUAGAAACAGAAAUGUGUAGUUUUAUUGCUGAAGCAGGUGAAACAGAAGAAACAACAGAUGACAGUUUGCCAUUUAUGUCCGUGGGCUCGAUGAAAGUUCUGAGAGGAAUUUGGGUUGCUUAUGAGAAGCCUGGAUUUACAGGUCAUCAAUAUUUGCUUGAGGAAGGAGAAUACAAGGACUGGAAAGAUUGGGGGGGUUACAACGGAGAGCUUCAGUCUUUACGACCUAUACUAGGUGAUUUUUCAAAUGCUCACAUGAUAAUGUACAGUGAAAAAAACUUUGGAUCCAAAGGUUCCAGUAUUGACGUAUUAGGAAUUGUUGCUAACUUAAAGGAGACUGGAUAUGGAUUGAAGACACAGUCUAUUAAUGUACUGAGUGGAGUAUGGGUAGCUUAUGAGAAUCCUGACUUCACAGGAGAACAAUAUAUACUGGAUAAAGGCUUCUAUACCAGUUUUGAGGACUGGGGAGGCAAAAAUUGUAAGAUCUCUUCUGUUCAACCCAUAUGUUUGGAUUCGUUCACUGGCCCAAGGAAACGAAAUCAGAUUCGGUUGUUUUCGGAACCACAGUUUCAAGGUCGCAGUCAAGGUUUUGAAGAAACAACAAGUCAAAUUGAUGAUUCGUUUUCUACCAAGUCUUGCAGAGUUUUAGGGGGCAGCUGGGUUGCAUAUGAUGGAGAAAAUUUCUCUGGUAAUCAGUAUGUGUUGGAAGAAGGCCACUAUCCUUGUCUCUCUGCAAUGGGAUGCCUGCCUGGAGCAACUUUCAAGUCUCUUCGUUUUAUAGAUGUUGAAUUUUCUGAACCAACAAUUAUUCUUUUUGAAAGAGAAGACUUCAAAGGAAAAAAGAUUGAACUUAAUGCAGAAGUAGUUAAUCUCCGAUCCCUAGGAUUCAACACACAGAUACGGUCUGUUCAAGUGAUUGGUGGCAUAUGGGUUACUUAUGAAUAUGGCAAUUACAGGGGCCGGCAGUUCCUCCUGUCCCCAGCGGAGGUCCCGAAUUGGUAUGAGUUCAGUGGCUGUCGACAAAUAGGUUCUCUACGACCUUUUGUUCAGAAACGUAUUUAUUUCAGACUUCGAAACAAAGCAACGGGGUUAUUCAUGUCCACCAAUGGAAACCUAGAGGAUCUGAAGCUACUUAGAAUACAGGUCAUGGAAGAUGUCGGUGCUGAUGAUCAGAUCUGGAUUUAUCAAGAAGGAUGCAUCAAAUGCAGGAUAGCAGAAGACUGCUGCCUGACGAUCGUGGGGAGCCUCGUGACCUCUGGCUCUAAACUGGGCCUCGCCCUCGACCAGAACGCCGACAGUCAGUUCUGGAGCAUGAAGCCAGACGGCAGGAUCUACAGCAAGCUGAAACCGAAUUUAGUUUUAGAUGUCAAAGGGGGAACACAGUAUGACCAAAAUCACAUUAUCCUCAACACCGUCAGCAAAGAGAAGUUAACACAAGUGUGGGAAGCCAUGGUCCUGUAAACCUGAAGAACGCGGGAGGAAUGCUCCUGGAGGUCUUCCAGCUGCUUAAAAACAAAAAUGGACAGAGCCCUGAGUAAAGGGGACCUGCUCCUUCUGCAGGAGCUCUAGGUCCUCCUCUGAAUGACCCUGCCGUGACCAGGACUAUGGUCUCCUCUUUUCAAAAGACUAUAAUAGUUUUAAACCAACCAUUUGUCCUUCUUUCAUUUCCUGCCUUCCUUUCAGUAGCUGCUUAACAGGUUGCCUCAUUAGCAGCUUUUGGGUGUUAAAAAAAAAUGUAUCAAGACUAUGGACAUUUUAAAUUAUUUCCAAAGAUAGUGACAGGAGAGAACAGGAACAGACUUCGAGUAGACUUUGUGGGCCUACCAAUGCCUUACACUUUACAGGGAUGGAUAAAAGCUCAAGGGUUAGCAUCUGAGAAGUAAUAUAUCAGGCCAAUAAUUUUGGUUCUUUGGUUUUCUGGGAUCGUUAAUUAUGCUCUAUAGUAAAGUGGGGAAAGGCUUACUGAAUCAGACAUUUUAAGGAACCAAAUACACAAAAUACUUUGUUAGUAUUGAACAUUAGUAAGUGUACAGGAUUUCACGUCACGUCCGCUAACACGAGCAGGAUCUGGAUGAUUUUAACCCACUUGUGGGCGGCCCUGAAAUGUCACGAACGAGUGUUGCUUAACACUUUUCUUGCGGAUGCCAGACCUAGUUUAUCAGUCCAUCCUCCCUCCUCUACUAUUCGUUCUGAAGCAAUGGCCUAUGAGCCUUUGCUAAGCUCAGGCCUGUCCCCUCAGGUGCUAACCUCCUACCCAGCCGCACUGGCGUGAGGCCUGCCCGGAGCCGCCUCUGGUCUCCGGACCACGGCCCCCGGGGCCACACGGACUCGGGCGGCAGACAUGAGAGAUGGGGCAGGCAGUGGGGGAUGACGGGCAACUCUCCAGAGCGUGAAGGAAAGGAGGCCUGGAGCAAUGCUUGUUCAAAUGGUAGGACUCGGGAGGCCCUAAAAUGCAGCAUUUCAGUGAAAAAGGUUACGAGUUUAACUGCUGACAAUAUACUGGCCCACAUGGUGCUAUCCAACCAGUGCCUUCUGCUAGACCUUCUUUGCAUAUACUCUUCCUCUUUUUGUCCUUAUUUCAUUAUCCUUAAUAGUGGUGCUGUCAUUCCAGGAAGAACAAAUCUUGUUUCCUUUU